AAACGCCAACAUUUAAUCUCUUCAUCCGAGCAGACCAAAGUCAAAUAAUUUCUUCCAAAAAUUAUUGUUUACCAAGACUGUACUACGGUAUUAAUAUGUUUAAAAAAUUUCAGGCAAAUGAAAGUAUUUCUGGAGUAACACAACUGAAAUCGUCCGUGCAGCGUGGUAUUCGAGCUAAAUUAAUUCAGCAAUAUCCAUGUAUUAAAGAUUAUAUUGAUGAAAUUUGUCCAAAAAAAGAGUCCAUGGUAUUGAUCAAGUGCCAUGAUCACAUAGAAAUAAUAUCCCUCAAUUCUGAAUUGUUGUUUUUUAAACAAAGAGACAGUCCAUAUUACCCAACUUUACGACUUUUACAUCAGUAUCCAUUUCUGCUCCCUCAUCAACAGGUUGACAAAGGUGCUAUAAAGUUUAUUCUUAGUGGAGCAAAUGUGAUGUGUCCUGGUUUGACAUCACCUGGAGCUGAAUUAAUUGAAGCAGAGAAAAACUCCAUAAUUGCUAUUCAUGCUGAAGGGAAAAUUCAUGCUAUCGCUAUUGGGAAAAUGACAUUAUCCUCUGAAGAAAUCUUAUCUGUCAAUAAAGGCAUUGGAGUAGAAAAUAUUCAUUAUUUAAAUGAUGGACUUUGGCAAAUGAAAAAGCUUGACAGAUGAUGAAAUUAAAACAGGAAUGUCGCGUGAUACAAAAUUACGUGGAACUCCAAAGAAUCAAGAAAGCAAUGUCUUAAGUUGUACAAUUAAUACUAAUAUGAUGCAGCAAUUGUAAGCCUUUAACAAAGGAAACAAAUUUUACUAUAUUUUUCAAUUUAUUAUAUGAUAAUUUAAUGUUUAUCCAACAUGCAAAAUUAUUACAUGGAAAAUUUGUCCAUAUUAAAUUUGCUUUACACCAUGGUAAAAAAAA